UAACACAUCCGUCUAAUGUAGAAACGGUUAUACACUGUGAAUUUGCUCUGCGUUUGUGAUAAUGGUGGCAUUCAAAUCUCAGCUUAAAGCCCUGACAUUAGACCAAAUACGAGAGGCAUUUAAAAAGUCUGGAAUCAAGGAGACAUUUACAGAGGGUGAGCUUGUGCUCGUUACAGAAGAACAUUACCCUAAAGCUUUAGAAUACAUCCGAACAAACUUUAUUCGCCAAGAACCAAUCGAGAAGGCUCUGGGUUUACAGUGGAAUCAUGAAGUCGAAGAGUUUUGGUUGACAUUUUUAAGGUGGAAUAUAUCUAUUAUGUUGCUGGCCGAAAAUGGUGACGUCAUGGCGAUUCGGAUUUCUCAGUUCUUGACGUAUGAUGAAACGUCAGACAAUGACGCUAUCAAAACGCGGGAGUUAAGAUUCGUGAUGCAGUUUUGUCAUAUAGGCGAAGCUAAGGCGGAUUUCUUUGGUCGUUUCGGAGCCAAGGAAUGUAUUCAUUUCUUCGGGCUUGGCACAAAUGAUAAAUACAGACGAAAACACCUGGCAACCCGAAUGUUAAAUGCAGCAGUAGAAUUCGGAAGGUUUUUAGGAAUUGAUCCAUUGUUCAUCAAAGGAGAGGGCUCAAAUGUCUUUUCCAAGCUGGUGUACGAGCAUUCAAAUGCAAAAUUUGAAUUGUUACAUGAAGAACCAUUCGACAAUUUUGUGGUGGAUGGUGUUAAACCGAUUCAGAACACGGGACCGAAUACCUCUUUAAGAUUUUACGGCGUGAAAAUUUCGUCCAAGGAGUGAGUCAUGGACAACUGAAGACUCGUUACAUAUAUGUCUAACAUCAAUAAGUAAAAUCCAUUGAAGUUCACCA